UCUGUGCCAUUCGCCUUUUGGGUAACGCUUUCAAGUCUUGCUGGGUGACCUUCUUUCGUCCUGGACCCCGAAGAGAUGGUCCACUUUCCUGCGGCCCUCGUGGCCUGUUCGUUAACCUUGCAUGAUCGAAGGUCCGCAUCAACUGUUUCUGCUGUGGUCCUCUCCGCCAAUUUCGCACAACGCAGUCUGACGCAGACCGGCAUGUCGAAUGAUGGAUCCUGCGUGUCAAACGCCCGACCCUCUUCCCCUCCUGGCUCGUAGUUAGGUGAGGGACGUAUCCCAACCACCCACGCCGACCGAUCUCGGUCGACAAUGCCUUGACCUGUACGGCAACCAUGGUCUGCUUGAUGCGAUACGGCUUGAUCGGCGAUUGAGAACCUGCUGACAUAAUACUGGCUGGCCGACUUUGGCGAGUACUAUACAUCAUCACUCCAGACACAUUCGAGUCUUGCAAAGCUCAAGAGCACCAAGAGAACAGUCGAGCUGUAACUCCUCCUCCCAGCCUGGGCCGCCACAGCGUCAAUCCGAGCACCAAAGCUCGAUUGAUGCAGAAUGGGCUCUAUCCAGGACUUUCCACGCAAUGGGAAUUGUUCAAAAGAUGAAUCGCUCCAUGGAUUGCCCAACGACCGCGUUGAUGAGGACCACUUCCUGUCAUUCAAGGUUGUUGAUCUUGCAUCCGGUACGACCAACACUCCAACAGGUAUGAGAGAGGGAUUCAUCCUUUCGUCCUGGCUUCUAAUGCUCAGUCGGAGCCGGGAACGCGAUGAGGUCUCCUUCGAGUGGACUUAUAAUAGCCCAGCAAACGGUCUUGCACAUGAGCCAACCCGCAAUCAUCUUUCGAUGAAAGAAGUUGUAACGGAGCCACCAGGCGAUGUUGGACACAUUGCUACAGCUGUCUCCCACCGCCUCAUAACGGCUGCACCAAGUCAUGGUGCAGACAGUCUCAGUCCCGUAUCGCUCCUUCUGAGCACGAGUUCCCUUUCACAAACGUUAGAGGAAGCGCGAGAUGAAGGAGUACUUCACCUCGAGUUACGAUUUCGUGAUGGUAAGCUCGAGGCUCGACCGGUGUGGUGCACCGAGAGCGUGCCGCAAUACACGGUGACGCGGCAUAUUGAGACACUGGUCGACACCAUCAGAAUGUGCAUUGCAAAGCCGCGUGCGACCAUUGAGGAUUGCAUUCAGCCCACCCAACAUGAUCUGGACAAGAUAUGGGAGUGGAAUCACAAACUACCGCCUUCCCACAGUUUCUGCAUGCACGAUGUGAUAUCCGAACGAGCUCAAAGGUGUCCAGGUAAAGUCGCAAUCUCUUCCUGGGACGGCUGCCUGACGUAUGCCCAAAUCGAGCAGUAUUCCACCUUCACGGCGCACACACUCACAGAGAUGGGUGUUCAACUACAUGAUGUCCUGCCGGUCUGCUUUGAGAAGUCAAGAUGGACAAUUGUCGCCGUGCUUGCAGUGAUGAAAGCGGGUGCAACUUUUGUACUCAUGGACCCAACCCUUCCGCUUGCCCGUCUCCAAAAUACGGCACAGCAAGUGGGAGCAAAGACGAUGCUGACCUCCCGGCAACAGCAAGACCUAUCGGCGUCAAUCCUACCGGAGGGCAAGGUUGUCGUCGUGGAAGAGGACACGUUCACAGAUCUCUCAAAACUGCAGCGUGGGGCAACGUUGACACCCGUGCCACCAACUGCUCUCAUGUACAUUAUCUUCACUUCGGGAAGCACGGGUGUUCCGAAGGGAGUCAUGAUCUCUCACGAAACCUAUACAAGCAGUGCCAUUCCUCGGGCGGAAGCCGUUGGCUAUACAGAAAAUUCCAGGGUUCUCGAUUUUGCGUCGUACGCUUUUGACGUCAGCAUCGAUAGCAUGCUCUGUACCCUUGCACAAGGCGGCUGCCUUUGCAUCCCCUCCGACGAAGAUCGGAUGAACGACAUAAAUGGUGUUAUGCGGGGGAUGCAGGUCAACUACGCAGGUCUAACCCCGUCGGUCGCACGAAUACUGGACUCCGACGUUAUCGCGUCACUCAGCAUGCUGGGUCUGGGAGGAGAGGCUGUCACAGCCAGAGAUGUCACACGCUGGGGUCGAGACACCAGGAUCGUGAUCGGCUACGGACCUUGCGAGUGCACAAUCGGAUGUACGGUCAACAGUAGCGCCGCAACUGGCAGAGACUACAUCUCCAUUGGCAAAGGCACGGGAGCGGCCAUGUGGAUUGUUGACCCCAACGACCACGAAUCGUUGAUGCCAGUCGGUGCUGUGGGCGAGUUGCUUGUCGAAGGUCCAAUCGUCGGACAAGGCUAUCUGAAUGACCCUGCCAAAACCGCAGCCGCUUUCAUCGAGGAUCUGUCAUGGCUCAGAGCGGGCCACAACACCCACAGCGGGCGUCGAGGGCGUCUGUACAAGACUGGAGACUUGGGGAAAUAUGAUCCUGACGGCUCUGGAGGCAUUGUCUUCGUCGGACGAAAAGACACUCAAGUCAAAUUACGUGGACAACGCGUUGAACUUGGCGAGAUCGAAUACCAGCUCAAGACCAUUCUAUCUCCUGCUACCAGCGUCAUUGCGGAGGUCGUGACACCUUCGGGCUCUGGAGGCCAACCUACUUUGGUGGCGUUCGUUGCUUCCCAGGCACCACAGCAGCAGGGAGACUCUGACCUGAAGUUAGUGCAACCAAGCGGCGAGCUUCAGGAUACGUUGUCACAAGCCGAUGCAAACCUAGCAAAAGUCCUGCCCCGAUACAUGGUACCGAGCGCGUAUAUACCCAUCAACUAUAUUCCUGUAUUGAUAUCAGGCAAGACCGAUCGCAAGCGACUAAGGCAGUUUGCUGCCACCGUCGACCUGCGGCAGCUUGAUCAUGGCGCAGAGCGCGGUACUACAUAUCGACUGAGUGAACUCGAACAACGCUUGCGGCAAGCAUGGGGCCAGACUUUGAAGCUUGAUGCCGAAACAAUCCUCCCUGGCGAUAACUUUUUUGCACUAGGUGGGGACUCUUUGACGGCAAUGAGACUUGUGUCUGUCUGUAGAGCGCAAGGUCUCGAUCUCACUGUCGCCAACGCUUUUCUCCACCCAAAACUGUCGGCGAUGGCUGAAGUUGUCCACAUGUGUGAAUCGCAGGCACGGACGGUAACACCAGCUUUCUCUAUGAUCUCACACACCAUCGACAGUGCCUGUCUCGAGGCAGCACAGGCUUGCGGAGCUGAUCGGGUGGCCAUAGAAGACAUAUAUCCUUGCACACCAACACAGGAAGGACUGUUUACCUUCUCGCUGAAAUCAGCCACGCCUUACGUUGCCCAGAGACUCGCCUGUAUCCCAGAACAUAUUGAUUUGGCUUCCUGGAGGCAAGCAUGGGAGGAAGCAGUGGCGACAAGCCCUAUUCUACGCACUCGCUUGGUUCAGUCUUCAGAAUCUAGGCUUUGGCAAGUCGUCCUCAAGGGAAACAUCAUCUGGAGGCAGUCGACUGACCUUGCACAAUAUCUUGAGAGCGACAGGAAUGAGAAGAUGGACCUUGGCCAAAGGCUAGCUCGAUAUGCCAUUGUCACCCCUCCAGCCGGCAGGAAGCGCUACAUGAUCUGGACUAUCCACCACGUACUCUACGAUGGAUGGUCGGAGCCGUUGAUACUCGGAAAGGUCGCGCAUGCCUUGCAAGGUCAGCACAUCAGUACAGGAACACAGAUGAGGGACCUUGUCAGGUAUUUGCAAGACACGGAUGAGAACUCCGUUCAACAGUUUUGGCGACGAGAACUCGAGGGUGCUGUCGGACCUCAGUUCCCGCGCGCGCCUUCUAGGGACUACUUGCCAACUGCGGAUGCGAUGCUUGAGCAUCAAGUUCACAUCGAAGCAAGCGUAGGUUCGCGCUUCACCAUGGCAACACUUAUUCGUGCUGCAUGGGCGCUUGUUGCAUCGCAGUAUACGGCUGCCAAUGAUGUCGUAUUCAUUGAGACACUCACUGGUCGAGACAUUCCGUUGGCAGGCGUCGAAAGUAUUGAAGGCCCAUUGAUCGCAACAAUACCAGUCCGCAUACGUAUCGACCGGACGCGCACUGUGGAAUCUUAUCUACAGACCAUCCAGCAAGGCAUGUUGGCUCGCACGCCUUAUCAGCAUUACGGGGUGCAGAACAUCAGAAAGGUCAGCAGCGAUGCUCAAUGUGCCAUCGAGGCUCGAACGGGCUUGGUCAUCCAGCCAGAACCAGAAUACAUGGGCGGUGAACUUGGCUUUGACCAAGGGGAUGUGGUACGUGAAGCACUACAUUUCAACCCGUAUCCGCUGAUGCUGGGCUGUGGUAUUCGGAAGGGUGGUUUCAGGAUCUGUGCAAGUUUCGACAGCAGCCUGAUUGAUAUCGACCAAAUGAAAAGAAUACUUGGUCAGCUGGAAGCGGCUUCUUUGCAAUUGACAAAGCAUCUCUCCAGAAGACUCGAUGAGAUUUCUUGUCUCUCCCAGGCGGAACUGGACCAGAUCUGGCAAUGGAACCGUGUGGCCCCAUUGUCCUUGGAUGAACCAUCUAAAAGACUCCGAGCAGACGCUCGAAUGGAGCCAGACUCAAUCUAUCCUCCUGCUGUAGUCUCUUGGGUUUGUGAUACCCGGAACCCGUCCCUGUUAUCGCCCAUUGGCUGCGUGGGCGAGCUCUGGCUCGAAGGAGAUAUUCUUUCGGGCGAAACUCUUGAAUCUCCAGCCUGGCUCGUGGCUGGAAGCUCUCAUCACGUCGGCCGAAGGGGGAAAGUGCAGCCCACAGGUGAUAUGGUCCGAUUACAAGACGACGGCAGCUUGAUAUUCGUUGGCCGAAAAGAGAAUGUUGCUCCUGUUCAAGGGCACGCAGUCGACAUCGCAGAUGUGGAAGCCCGUUUCAAAAGCCAUCUUCCACCAGGACUUCGUGCCGCUGUCGCCGUAUUCCAGUCCUCCUCGGAUGCACCUCGGCCGCGUUUGGAGCAAAUGCUCGUUGCCUUCAUAGAGCAGCAAAAUUCGCAGGAAGAUGGCGUUGAGCUGAUGCCGACGAGUCACGACAUCAUUGCCGAUGGCUCAAGCCCGCAAAGCUUCCGAGCGGCAAUCACUGCGAAGAUUGCCCUCGACCUUGCGGUGGCACUUAAAGAGCUCGACAGAUUCAUCCAAGACAGUCUUCCACCGUAUAUGGUCCCCUUUGCGUAUGUUGUGGUUGACAAGAUCCCUUCUCUGGCGGACCAAGUUGAUCACGACUUGCUGAACCAACUGGCCUCCAAGAUCCCUCGAGAUGUGCUCACCAAGCUCCGAGAAAGCCUCAAGUACGUGUGGACGAGAAUCUCGGCGCAGACAGAUUUGACAGCGACCGAGUCAAUACUGCGGACAUCGUGGGCAAAGAUACUCGCGAUCGGUCCGGAGAAGAUUGACCUUGACGACAAUUUCUUCCGCCUUGGUGGCGACUCUGUCCUGGCGAUGAAAUUGGUGUCAGAUCUCCGUUUUCAAGGGCACAUGUUGACGGUAGCCGAUGUCUUUCAGCACAUGCGCCUGCGCGACGCGGCCAAGGUGUUGAAGGUCGACCAAGUUUUAAAACAGAAAGUUCAGACUUACAAGCCUUUCUCGACGCUGGCUCUUCCCGAGAUAGGAUCGUUCCUCUUCAAAGUUGUCCGGCCCCAGUUGACUGAUCCCAAGUGGUCCAUCCAAGACGUUCUUCCAGUGACAGAUUCCCAGGCGCUGGACGUCCGGGCAACCAUCCAAACUCCGCGAACCUCGGUACAAUACACGAUGUUGUACUUUGACGAAGGCAUCGAUCAAGAGCGUUUGCUCCUCGCCUGCGAUGAGCUGGUCAAGACUCACGAUAUUCUACGCACCAUCUUCAUCGAGCACGAAUCGUCCCUCUUCCAAGUGGUUGCGGAUGAACUGCGUACUCCUGUGGUCAUGAAACAUGCCGACACAGAAAUCGAACAAUACGUCACCGACCUAUGCGAAGAUGAUAUUGAAUCGGAUUUCCAGCUGGGCUCACCUUUUUUCAAGAUGUUCUAUGUCGAAGGCACGGACGGCCAGAGAUGCCUGAUCAUAUGCCUGUCCCACGCUCAGUACGAUGGCAUCUCUCUCCCAGCCCUGCUCCGAGAUCUGGAGAUCUUGUACACCGGAGGGAAGGUCGUCGAGUUCGAGCCAUUCUCCUCGUACAUGGCACGCAUUUGCGAUGAGCAGAUCCAACGUGGGGCUGUCGAUUAUUGGCGCGGUCUCCUGGACGGCUCAUCGUUGUCCAUGCUAGGCGAAGCCUCCGGACGACCCGGAGACAAGCCCUUGUUCGUGACAAAACCGGUCGACAUCUCUCAACGUCCCAAGGAGAUCACCACCGCUAGCCUGCUGACUGCAGGAUGGGCACUCGUGUUGGCACGUCGCCUGCAAAUUCCAGACGUAACAUUCGGCAGCGUCACUUCGGGCCGUCUCAUCGACCUCGCGAAUGUGGAGAACGUCGUGGGCCCGUGUUACCAAUUCACGCCGAUCAGGGUCUUGUUUGGACAGCAAUGGACCGCGACGGACCUGUUACUAUUCGUUCAGAAGCAGACUGCAGAAUCCGCAGUCCAUGAUUUCCUCGGGUUCGAGAAGAUAUCCAAGCAGUGCACGCAGUGGCCAUCCGAGGCACGAUUUUUCGAUUCCAUCGUCCACCACCAGGACUUUGAGGACUUCGACACUAUGCCAUUCGCCGGAAGAACUUGCAAAGUGGACAUUUCGAAUCCACACGGAGACGCUGCUUAUCCGAUGAAGAUCGUGUCGCUCGUCCGACAAGGGCGGACGCAUGUCGGGGUGGUGGGGAGUGAAGGAAAUUCAGCGUUCGUGCACGCGAUUCUUGAUGAGCUGGUGGCGACAGUUGAAGAAUUGGCAGCCGAUCGGCCGGACGCUGUAUUGCUCGGUGGUCGAAUCAGCUAGUAACCUACAGCUGCGUGGAGACACAGGAUCAUCAGGAAGUUCAUAGUAUCUAGGUCAGUAUUUAGGUCAAAGUGAAGCUGCCGUGGUACGGGGUGGUUUAUUCCAAAAGUGAUGGCUUAAUUGUUGCACGCUCUGGAGUUCACAACAUAAAAAAAAAGUCAAUUACAGAAUCCUCACGGCGAAUUCCACUAAAUAUCUUCUUGCACGGAGCACGGCGUGACAUUGUUUUGGAGCUGCACAACUAACAUUGGAAGACUGCCUAACGUAGAUAGCACUAUUUUCGAAUUCCAAAAAAAC